CAACAACAUAACAUCGCUUAACUUCCAAUACCUUGAUGAGCUGCUCCGCCGCUUCCGAAAAAUAUUCAGCUCCGAAACGCCACCUGUUUCUUCUGCUGUAAUAAAAACCCUUGUAUUUCUUUUUCCCCCAUAAAAAUCCCCCAAACACUCGAAUUUUUCUCUUCAGUUGUGUGUUGAUUUCGUUUAUUUAUAGAGCGGAUCGUCGCCUGCGCCGCGGUUCCAUCGAGCGUAUUUUUUUGAGAGUUCUCGGAGCCGGCCUUUCAAAUUCUAUUCUUUUCCUAGGGUUUUUUUUGGUUUUUUGUUUUUCUGGCCGUUAUGUCGCAGGUUCAUGUCGAAUCGCUUCCAUUGGGUGCCGCAAGCAGCAAUAAUGGCAGCGUGAAUAAUAAUUCUUCUGGUGUGGGGGCCGCUGCAAGUAAUGGCAACAAUAACAAUAACAUGGUGGUGCCAGGGGUGUCACUGUACGUGGGGGAAUUAGAGCCUAGUGUAAAUGAGGCACAGCUUUACGAGCUUUUCAAGCCGUGGGGGAAUGUACAGUCUAUUAGAGUGUGCAGGGACAUGAUCUCGCGUCGUUCUCUUGGCUACGCGUAUGUCAAUUUUAGCACACAUCAAGAAGCUUCUAGGGUUUUGGAGAUGCUCAAUUUCACUCCUGUGAAUGGGAAGCCCAUUCGAAUAAUGUUUUCCCAUCGAGAUCCCAGUAUUCGCAAAAGCGGAACUGCAAACAUAUUUAUUAAGAAUUUAGAUAAAGGGAUAGAUAACAAAGCCCUUCUUGAGACAUUCUCAGCGUUUGGUCCAAUUUUAUCAUGUAAAGUUGCAACUGAUGGGUCGGGGCAAUCCAAAGGGUAUGGAUUUGUUCAAUUUGAACAAGAGGAAGCUGCACAAAAUGCAAUAGACAAGUUGAAUGGCAUGCUGAUUAAUGACAAGCAGGUCUAUGUUGGUCCAUUUGUGCGAAGGCAGGAGAGAGAGCAAACGAAUGGAGGAGCAAAGUUUUGUAAUGUUUAUGUUAAGAAUAUAUCAGAGUCAGUAACAGAUGAGGAUUUGAGAAAAAAGUUUGCUGAGUAUGGAACAAUCACAAGUGCAGUAGUGAUGAGGGAUGCAGAGGGGAAGUCAAAGUGCUUUGGAUUUGUCAACUUUGAAAAUCCAGAUGAUGCAGCAAAAGCUGUUGAGAAUUUAAAUGGUAAGAAAUUUGAUGACAAGGAGUGGUAUGUUGGAAGAGCCCAAAAAAAGUACGAGAGAGAGGCUGAAUUAAGAGCAAGAUUUGAACAGUUACGGAAAGAACGGAUUGAAAAAUUUCAGGGAGGUAAUCUCUAUGUGAAGAAUUUGGAUGAUAGCAUUGAUGAUGACAAGCUGAAGGAAUUAUUUUCUGAGUAUGGGACUAUAACAUCUUGCAAGGUAAUGCGUGAUCCUCAGGGUCAGAGUAGAGGUUCAGGCUUUGUGGCAUUCACAUCCUCAGAGGAUGCAAACCGAGCUGUUAUAGCACUGAAUAGUAAGAUUGUAGUCAGCAAACCUCUGUAUGUUGCCCCAGCUGAGCGAAAAGAGGAGAGAAAAGCAAGAAUGCAGGCUCAAUUUGCUGUUCGGAAUCCAGUUGGCAUGCAACCAGCUGUGGCAACUAGUAUGCCUAUGUAUCCUCCAGCAAGUCCCGCACUUGGGCAACAGAUAUUCUAUGGCCAGGGACCACCUCAAUUGAUUCCUCCACAGCCUUCUGGUUAUGGUUAUCAGCAACAGUUUGUACCUGGAAUGAGGCCAGGAGGAGCACAGCUGCAAAAUUUUAUUGUUCCUUUAAUUCGACAAGGCCAGCAAGGCCAGCGUCCAGGUGCAAGAAGAGCACCAUUGCAACAGCAGCACCACCCUCAACCACAGUUUCAGCAACAAGUAAACAGCUUUACAAAUUGUAUGAUUCCUAGAGGGGGUCGUAUGAUGCGAUACCCACCAGUGAGGAAUGUUCCUGAGGGUUCUUUACCAGGAAUCACUGGAGGCAUGCUGCCUGUCCCUUAUGACAUGGGGGGCGUUCCUGUACCCAUGGCUGAUCCAGUGAUUUCACAAGGCUUGCCUACUGGAACAUUGGCUUCAGCUCUUGCAAAUGCAAGCAACGAGCAACAAAGAACGAUGCUUGGAGAAAGCUUAUAUCCGUUAGUGGAUCAUUUAGAACAUGAUCAUGCAGCUAAAGUUACUGGUAUGCUUUUGGAAAUGGAUCAGACUGAGGUGUUACACUUGCUUGAAUCUCCAGAGGCCUUGAAAUCUAAGGUUGCAGAAGCUAUGGAGGUCUUGCGCAAUGUGUCUCAACAGACUACUGGGCCAGCUGAGGAGCUUGCAGCGUUAUCCUUGAAUGAUCCUAUAGUCAACUGAAGAAACGAUCAUUGUCUGGAAAUUUCUGUUCAUCUGUUAGUACCUUUCUAACACUUAGAGCUUGCAAUUUAAGUAUUUUUGAGGGUGACAGGUGGAGGGUUUUCAACAUCAUUUUCUUUAGCAUUGCUGUAGAGAGCUACACAAGUUUGUUUGGGUGCCUGCAGUGGAAAUGCUUGAUAUGUUUAAAUUUCAUGACUCAGAAGCCUCGGGUGCAUUUCAUAGAAGCUUACACAUUGAUAAAUUAACUCAGAAACUUUCAAACUGCUUCAAUAAACUUUAUGAAAUACUGAAAUACUGUUUCCUUCUAA